CACUCGUUUUUAUAUUAUUUUUUUUUCUGUUUCCAUUUCAUCACUUUCUUCUCCCUUUGAUUUCUCCACAACAGCAAGGGAGAAUCAGUUCCUCAAUUCUUUCUAGAUUCUCACUUUCUUCAACCUCUUCGCAUCAGUUUCCUUCAGAAAAACGAAAAACACAGCUUCAGAUUGUUCAAGCUCUUUGUUUUUUCCUUGUUCAAGAUUAUGCUGUAAAAUUCUGAAACGCGCAAGUUUCAGCCACAUUUUAGUGAAAAGAUCUGUGCCUUGACCCUUGGCAGGUUCAGCUUUUGAAGGGGUUGGAGUAGUUCUUCCUCACAAGCCGUUGAUUGGUCCAAGUUUAUUUUUUUUUCUCUCUCUAUCCAAGUUCAAAGCUUUUUGGUGUUUUUUAUCCCGUGUCUUUCUCUCUCUUGCUGUGGAAUGCUGGGGUCAGAGAUUUCUGAGACAUGUUCUUGCAGGCUUUCGGUGAAUUGGGUCAGUCUGGUUUCUGUCAUGGGUGGUAGAGAAUCUGAGUCCUCAGAGAUCUAAGCCUCUCUGGUCUUUCCAUAAGCACACACCCUUUUGUUGCAUAGUUGUGAAAGUUAAAGAGUGAGAGAAGAUGAUGAGGAUGAGGAAUAGUAGUGGUGGUAACAAUCACAAGACAAAUGGUCUUUCUUCCAUCAUGAAUGCAGGAGGCUCAGCUGCUUGUAGAUCUGAGCCCGGUUCAAAGGAAUGGGAGAUGAGACCAGGUGGAAUGCUGGUUCAGAUGAGAACCGCUGAUUCGGAUCGGAACCCAGUUCUUGUUCCCACAAUUAGAGUUAGGGUCAAGUAUGGUUCAAUUUACCAUGAAGUCAACAUUAGUUCUCAAGCUACAUUUGGGGAGUUGAAGAAGAUGUUGUCAGGACCAACUGGGUUACACCAUGAAGACCAAAAGCUGUUUUACAAAGACAAGGAGAGGGAUUCAAAGGCUUUUCUUGACAUGGUUGGGGUGAAGGAUAAGUCCAAGAUAGUGCUAGUUGAAGACCCUAUUAGUCAAGAGAAGAGGUUGUUAGAGAUAAGGAAGAACGCUAAGAUGGAGAAAGCUGCAAAGUCCAUCUCAGCAAUCAGCUUGGAAGUAGACAGGCUUGCAGGGAGGGUAUCAGCCUUUGAGUCAAUUAUUAGCAAAGGUGGGAAAGUUGUGGAAACAGAUGUUCUGAAUCUGAUUGAGUUGUUGAUGAAUCAAUUGCUUAAAUUGGACGGUAUAAUGGCUGAUGGGGAUGUGAAAUUACAGAGGAAAAUGCAGGUAAAAAGAGUUCAAAAGUAUGUUGAAACUCUUGAUCUGCUGAAGGUUAAGAAUUCUGUGCCUAGCAGCAAUGGAGACCAUGGUGCAGUGCAGCCUCAACAACAUAAGCAUUCAAAUGGGCAGAGGCGGGGAGCUGUUCAAGAGAAACAACAAAAGCAUUCAAAUGGACAUAAUAGGUUAGCCUUAGCACCAAUUCAAGAGCAGCAACAAGAACAACCUAGGAACUCAAAUGAGAAAUCUCUAGCACUUUACCAAGAACAACAACAACACCAAACCUCAAGGAAUUCGACCUCAGAAGUUGUAGUUACCACAAACUGGGAGUUGUUUGAUUCUGCCCCACCAUUAAUCCCUGUGCAGUCCACAUCCCCACCACAACAACCCCCCUCACUGACUCAUAAUUCAGGUCCUCCAAAGUUCAAUUGGGAAUUCUUCAACUGAGUACCAUACCACUUGCUUUUACUUGUGUGGAUGUGAUUUGGGUUUGUCUUCCACUUCAGAGUGUUAUAUGUUUUACAUUCUUUUCUGUAUUUAGAUUUGUUUAGCAACCCCCUUAUAAUCUGUCAUUUACUUCACAAAUAAAUGGGGUUGCCAUCAUAGUCAUUAUCAUAAAAAAAAGUUACAUUUCUCUGUGAUUUUGGUGUCCACCGAAUUCAUUAAUCAAAUGUAAGGGCCUAUUUUUGAUAUAUAUAUAUAUAUAUAUAUACACUAUGGUUAUAAGCAUUUGUGGCAUAGUUAAUGUAAGCAUUAGGAUUCAACCACAUAGCUUAAUUUUGAGGUUCAA